AUGAUCAUCCCCAACUUCAUCGCCGGCGUUAUCGCCCUCUCCGUCGGCGUCAACGCUGGGCCCUGCCGUCCCACCACCUCGCCUGCUACCUCCGGCACCACAACCGUGGAGACAUCGGCCACAAACGACGAGACCUCUUUCGCCACAUCCACCAUCCUCAGCACCUCCGGUCUCGAUUUCACCACCGACUUGACAACCUUCCUCACCCUGAGUGAAACCGGUACCACCAGCGCCGCCACCUCCACCAUGUCUGCUUUUGUCCCUGCGGAUCUCUUCCCCUGCGUGGUUGCGGAAGACUGCCUGGUAUACACCCGGUUGUGCGAUGCUGUCCGCUGCGGCUGCGUCCAGGCACAGUGUGUGCAGAUCAUUGAUACGACCACUGCUACUUCUGAGGCUACUUCCACUACCGAGGACACCACUACCGCUGACGUUGCUACCACAACUGAGGCUGCGCCCUAA